ACCCUAAAACUAUCUUAUAAACUACAAUUCGCCGCAAAGAUUGAAUUUUUCUUCCUCUCUCACUUUCUCCCUUUUAUCUCUCUCUCUCUCCCACUACAUAUUCAAUAAAAUCCCCCCAAACACUUUACCACCGCUUUCAUAAUCUCAAUGUUUAUACAUAACUUUCAUGGAGUUAUGUGAUCAAAGAUUGGAUUUUUCUUGAAUUAAAUCUUUGAUUUUCAAGUUUUGGCAUGUGGGGUUUUUGUGUUUUGGUGUUCGUAUCAUAAAGUUUUGAUCUUUUUAGCUUUCUUGGGUUGUUAGGGUUUGUUGGUAUUAAUUAUAUUUUGUUGUGGUGAUGAGUGGAGUACUAUUAAGUGUUUAAGUUUUUGUGAAAGAUGCUAUCUGAAUUUGGUCCAAGUCCAAUGCUUGGAAACAAUGAGAAUUCGUUUGGAGAUGAGUUUGAGAAAGAGAUAGGAAUGUUACUUCGUGAACAGAGGCGACAAGAAGCUGAUGAUCAUGAAAAGGAGCUGAAUUUGUAUAGAAGUGGGUCAGCUCCACCUACUAUUGAGGGUUCUUUAAAUGCAGUAGGUGGGUUGUUUAACAAUAAUGGGUUCAUGUCUGAAGAAGAGCUUAGGUCUGAUCCUGCUUACUUAUCUUACUAUUACGCGAAUGUUAAUCUUAACCCUAGGUUGCCUCCACCACUGUUGUCUAAGGAGGAUUGGAGGUUUGCACAGAGGAUGCAAGGAGGAGGGAGUUCUGCAAUUGGGGAUAGGAGGAAGGUGAACAAGAAUGAUAAUGGGAGUAGUAGUGGGAGGUCACUCUUUGCUAUGCCUCCAGGGUUUAACUCGAAAAAAGCUGAGAACGAGAAUGAGUCAGGCAAAUUGCAGGGUUCAGUAGAGUGGGGUGGUGAUGGGCUGAUUGGGUUGCCAGGACUAGGACUAGGUGGUAAACAGAAGAGCAUUGCUGAAAUAUUUCAGGAUGACUUGAGCCGUGUGUCUCCUGCUCCUGGUCCCCCUUCACGACCAGCUAGCCGUAAUGCUUUUGAUGAAAGUAGUGAUAACUUGGGUUCAGCAGAAGCUGAGCUGUCUCAUCUUCGUCAUGAGUUUUCAACUUCAGAUCCUUUAAGGUCAGUAUCUAACGGACAAGGCUCAUCUGCUGGUCAACAUGUUGGGGCGCCUACUUCUUUUUCAUAUGCUGCUGCUUUGGGGACUUCCUUAUCAAGAAGCACUACUCCUGAUCCCCAGCGCAUUCCUAGGGCUCCUAGCCCUUCCCUCACUCCUAUCGGUGGAGGAAGGGUAGUCACUUCUGAGAAGAGGAGCGUUAAUAGUCCAAAUUCAUUUAAUGGUGUCUCUCACACCGCCGAGUCUGCGGAUCUGCUUGCUGCUUUGUCUAGCAUGAAUCUUUCAAAUGGUAGUCAGAAUAACGCUCAGCAGCAUGCAUAUCUAAAGAGAUCAGAAUCUGCCCAGUUUAAUAUGUCGUGUAAAUCUCACUCUGCAAAGGGACCAUAUAUUGACACUGGUGCGGGCAAUGGUGGACGGGCAGACCUUAACAGUUCUAACUUCCAAGAGGAUCUGCACAGAUCUGCGGUUGCCUCUAAUAAUUCUUACGUGAAAGGAUCUCAAACUUCCACACUGAAUGGUGGAGGUGGUGUACUUUCUCAAUAUCCGCAUGUGGAUAGUCCUUCCAAUUAUGGUUUAGGUAGUCAUUCUGUCAAUCCAGUGACCAGCCAUCUUGGCAACUAUAAUCUUCCUCCUUUGUUUGAAACUGCUGCUGCUGCGUCUGGGAUGGCUCUACCUGGAUUGGACUCUCGAAUGCUAGGGGCAUCUCAUUUGAACUCUGGGGUCUCAGACCAGAAUCUUGGCAGAAUGGGAAAUCAAAUGUCUGGGAGUUCUUUACAGGCAUCCUUCAUGGAUCCUAUGUAUCUUCAGUACUUGACAGCUGAAUAUGUUGCACAGGUCGCCACACUUAAUGAUCCUUCGAUGGAUAGGAACUACAUGGGCAAUUCCUAUGUGGACUUGCUUCAGAAAGCUUAUCUUGGUAAUGCACUGUCUCCGAAAUCACAAUAUGGUGUUCCACUCAGCGGUAAAGGUAGUGGUUCAAGUCAUCAUGGCUAUUAUGGUAAUCCUGCAUUUGGAGUCGGUUUAUCAUAUCCUGGAAGUCCCUUGGCAAGUCCUGUCGUUCCAAACUCUCCAGUUGGUCCUAGUAGUCCAAUGCGGCACAGUGAUUAUAAUAUGAGGUUCCCUGGUGCAAUGAGAAACAUGACAUCAGGUGUAAUAGGAUCAUGGCACUUGGAUAACAUGGAAAACAGCUUUGCUUCCUCUCUGUUGGAAGAAUUCAAGAGUAAUAAGACCAGGUGUUUUGAGCUUUUAGAAAUUGCUGGUCACGUUGUCGAGUUCAGUGCGGAUCAGUAUGGUAGCCGCUUCAUCCAACAAAAACUGGAAACUGCCACCCCUGAGGAGAAAAACAUGGUUUUCCAGGAAAUUAUUCCCCAUGCUCUUACUUUGAUGACUGAUGUUUUUGGUAAUUACGUAAUCCAGAAGUUUUUUGAACAUGGAAUGGCAUCUCAGAGGAGAGAAUUGGCUAGCAAGCUCUUUAGCCAUGUAUUAACACUGAGUCUUCAGAUGUAUGGUUGCCGCGUGAUACAGAAGGCGAUAGAAGUGGUAGAUGUGGACCAGAAGAUAAAAAUGGUUGAGGAGCUCGAUGGUCAUGUCAUGCGUUGUGUACGAGAUCAGAAUGGGAAUCAUGUCGUCCAGAAGUGUAUUGAAUGUGUACCAGAAGAACACAUUCAAUUCAUCGUCUCUACAUUUUUUGGUCAAGUUGUUAAUCUCUCCACCCAUCCAUAUGGCUGUCGUGUAAUUCAGAGAGUAUUGGAACACUGCUGUGAUGAGAUUACACAAAGUAAAGUGAUGGAAGAAAUUCUGGGAUCUGUUAGCAUGUUGGCUCAAGAUCAAUAUGGUAAUUAUGUUAUUCAGCAUGUACUGGAGCAUGGAAAGCCACACGAGCGUUCUGCUAUUAUUAAGGAACUAGCUGGGAAGAUUGUGCAAAUGAGCCAGCAGAAGUUUGCCUCUAAUGUUGUUGAGAAGUGUUUAGCUUUUGGUGGUGCCAGCGAAAGGCAGCUCCUGGUGGAUGAGAUGCUUGGUACGACUGACGAAAAUGAACCUCUUCAGGCAAUGAUGAAAGAUCAGUUUGCAAAUUAUGUUGUACAGAAAGUUUUGGAAACGUGCAGUGAUCAGCAACGUGAGCUGAUCCUUUCUAGAAUUAAGGUUCACUUGAAUGCUCUAAAGAAAUACACUUAUGGAAAGCACAUUGUUGCUCGUGUUGAGAAACUUGUUGCAGCUGGAGAACGAAGAAUUGCUGCUCAGUCUCCAAAUCUUGCUUAGCUAAUAGGAAAAAAAGUUGUACAGCUGACCGAGGCUAGUUUGAGCUACCUCUCUUCCUUUAUUUUCUCCCGUAUCUUGUGCUCUGGCUCUAGAACUCUCUUUGAGGGCAGUAUGAGCUGAUUGCAAAUAAAGUUGUUGCUUGUACUAGAGAACUGUAUAUUGUGUAGUUGGACGUUUAUACAUAGGAUCAGGUAUGCUGAGGCUCGGAUGUCAAAUAUUCCUGAUAGCCACGCAGAGGAAAAUCAAGUCUCUAAACGAUGUAUAAAUGAUAAAAAGGUGAGGUAGUUUUUAUAUCGAUGAGACUACAAAAUGUCGCCAUGUGGAGAGUUGAUGUUUUAGGUGAAGCCAGAAUUUUUAUGUAUGGUAUUGACAAUGUUCUAUCAUGGCCAAGUAUGUCUCAUUUUCUUAUA